AUGGCGGUAGGUCCAACGAGUCAGCCGCGCAGUAGCUGCUUCACGCUUCGCCUCUUAGGCAAACAGAAAUCGACCAGGAGCAAGAGGCAGUCCACCGUGCAUCCCGUGGGAGAUCUCGCCGCUCACCCAGCGCCCGCCGCGGAACAUCCACGUGGCGAUGGUAGGAAUGGCGCCGCGAGAGCUGGACGUGGACAGGUCGCAGGAGUAGAGAUUCAUACAGCCACAGCUGCGCCAGCAGUCGCUGUUCCACAUAGUCAUCGCGCGCAGAAUGACUGUCCCGAAACCGACGACGGCAGGCGAGUGCAAUACGCGCAGGAUCUAGCAGCGGCGCCGCUAGAGCGAUCACUAGAGCACGCCGAGCGAAGUCUUGUGGCAGCAGCCGUAGCUGGUGCUGCAUCAACUUCGCCAUGCGAAUCAUCGGCAGGAAUUUCUGGGCAGCAGGUAGCGGCUGGAAUUCGGCUGAAGCUGCAUCGUGUGGAAGAGGAGCCGUCCAGUUCAGAUGCGCCUGAUGCUGUCCCCAAAGGCUCCUCCGCUGAGCAUUCCAAGUAUCUUGUCGCGCGCUCCUCGAGCAGCGACUUCUGCGACGAUGCGCGAUCCAUGCAAUCCUCGCGACGGCCGUCGCUCACCGGCGGGCGCAGCUACGAGAAGGCGCGGCGGGAGGGGCAGGAGCUGUACCGGCGGAAGGAGUACGCGGCGGCGACGGAGAGCUACGGGGAGGCGAUGCUGGCGCUGCUGCGCGAGGCGGGGCGCGACGACGCGACGAAGCGGUCGCUGCAGGCCGUGCUCCUCGCCAACCGCGCCAUGUGCUUCCGCUACCUGAGCAGGAACGAGGAGGCGAUACGCGACUGCCACGCGGCACUGGCGUCCGACUUUUGCGCGGGCCAGACGCUGCUGCACAUCGAGGAGGUUCUCGAGGAAUGCGGCGACCUUCGCGGCGCGCUCGCGUGCCACGUGGCGUCCGUGCAGCGCGCGCUGGACGAGCGGCCGAGCGGCGAGAUUCCCACGGAGGAGGCGACGGAGGUGGAGCGCGUGCGACGGCAGCUGAUUGGCGAGCGAGAGCUGGCGAUUCAGUGGAAGAAAGUUCCCGCCAAGGGCAAACCGCCGCUUGGCGCGCAGAUGUCGGCGGUGGAGUGGCGCGGGCAGGUGAUUCUGUUCGGCGGCACGGACCGCAGCCACAACCUGCUGCCCAACGACCUCCACAUCUUCGAUACGUACAAGUCCGAGUGGCUGCUCGUCCACAUCCCCGGCCUGCGCCCCGCCGCGCGCGCCGGCCACCGCGCCGUGGUCCACGGCGACUGCAUGUACGUCUGCGGCGGCGGCCACUCGACGGAUUUCGAUAUGUGGCGGCUCGAUCUGGUGACCAUGGACUGGGAGCCCGUGCCGGCCGCGCCGGGGCUGCCGGCCGGGUCGACCGAGGACGAAUCAGAUCAGCGCUCCGACGAGCAUCCCGCGAGCUUGGCGGGACAGGAAUUGGCGACGCGGGGCCAGGCGCCGCCGGGAUUGGUGCAGCACAGCGUGUGCGUCGUUGACGGCCGGCUGCUUGUUUGGGGCGGCUUCGUUGUCGGCCGGCCGCCGCUCGAGCGGCACGCUAACCGGCAGCACCUGUACGAGUUCGACUUCGAGACGGGCGAAUGGCGGCGCGACACGUGGCAGGGGGACUACCUCCCGAAGGCGUAUCAGGACCGCGGCGUGGGCACGUGCGCGGGCGUGGCGAGUUGCAGAGAGGGCGGCAGGAGCGAGUCGGUUGAGAUCAUGUCGUUCUUCGGAAGCCGCAAGACGCUCGUGCCGCGAUCCGGGCUCAUCAUGGACGAGUCGACCGCCACCGUCGAUCGCCUCCUGCUGGGCGAGCGCCGAUGGCAGCCCGUGCCGCUGCUCGGGCCGCGCGUGCCUGCGGCGCGGUCGGAGGCAGCGUUCUUGUCGCUGCCGGAUUACGCGGCGACGCUGUGCGUGGGCGGGUACUACGAAGGCGCGAUUCACCGCGACGGGUGUCGGUACUACGGCGACGCGUGGCUGUGGCACCACGACCUGGGCAUCUGGUCGCCGCUCGCCGCCAAGGGCGACGACUUCCGCGCCGGCGCGCACUUCUGGCUCGUGCAGCGCAACGACGGCGCCGUCUUCGUGGGCGGCGGCUUUUGCGGCACGCCCAUCACGACCAUGUUCGGAGCGGUCUACGAGGCCACCAUCGCUGCGCCCAAAGUGCGCCGUCCGCCGCCCCCGCGCGCCCCUGCGCGCUCCCUUCCCCUCGCCCACCCCAUCCCGCCCGGCUCCCCGCUCCUAGCUCUCCCCGCGCCCCCUUCCGCCGCGCCCAUUCUUGCGCUCCCCUGGGGCUCUUCCCCUUCCCCUGGGCGCGGAACUUCCGCCUCCUCCUCCCCCUCCCCCCCGCCGCACUCCUCCCCUCGUCCCCUCUCCGCUUGCUCCUCCUCCUCCUCCCUGCGCACGCCCGGCACGCCGCUCAUGCCCAUCGUGCGCUCCGCGUCCGCCGCCGCGUUCCGCCAAGGCGCGCGGUCGAGCGCGCACGGGGAAGGGGAGAAGCUGGGCGCGGCGGGGGGAAUGGUCGUGAUGAGCCGCUGCAACACCCUCCCCGCGCAGUACUCUCCGCCAGGCGGGGGAAUGGCGGGGGGAGAGGGCGGCGCGGGCGCGGGCGGAGGCUUCAGCGCGUGGGACGAGCGGCAGCUGGCGCUGGGAUCCGCUGACGUCAGCACGGAGCAUCACGACGCGAACGUGCGGUUCAAGGCGAAAGAGGAGGCGCCGUUCGAGGCGCCUUUGGGACCAAUCAACAUCAAGAUUCUUAAGCUCGAGUUUGAACGACGGCGUGAGAACCGGCUGAAGACGAAAGCAGAGAUGGCGGCGGCGGGUGCAAUGGCGGCGAUGCGGCGCGUGAGGGCGCAGCAGGCGGACCAGAUGGGCGCAGGGGUGGCGCAGUCCCUGAUGCUGCACGUGCGAAUGAGACAAAUCGACCCGCCCAUCUGGAGGCGAAUGGAGGUGUCGGGGCACAUGACGCUCCGCCAGUUCCACAAGCACGUGCUGCGCCUCUCCAUGGGCUGGGCCAGGGAUCAUCACGCCUACAAGUUCCGGUCCUCCUCAGGCCCGUGCCCUGGCGUGUGGUUCGGGCCGACCCUGUCUGCCGCACCUGACUUCGCCCUGGCGCGCAUGCUGGGGCAGGGCUUGGCGGACGACAACUGUGUGCUGCUGGGGGAGAUGCUCGUCAAGGAGGGAGACCGUAUGGCGUAUGUGUAUGACCUCACAGACCGCUGGGAGCAUGAGAUCGUGCUGCUGCACGCCACACCCGGCCCGCCACACCGCCCUCUGAGAGCGGAGGUGGUGGAUGGGUGGGGGGCAUGUCCCCCGGAGGACGUGGGAGGAAUGGGGGGCUACCUGCGGCUGCUGGAGAGAGUGCGCAGCAGCCAUGGCAGCAAGCGCGAUGCCGCGUGCACACGGGUGCUACGGGCCGCUAAUAAGAGCCACCUUGACUCGUUUGACCCCACCAAUUUCCCUCUCAACGCCUGCAGAGCAGCUUUGGAGAAGCACCUGGCAUCAGCGACUCUCACCCCGCCAUCCAACCACCUCGACCCUGUCGCUGUCACCACCCACCCCGCCCCCGCCCUCGCCUCCCCCUCUCCCCUCGCCCCCCUCCAACGCUCCAAGUCCUUCUCCCUCACCCGCCCCUCCUCCACCAGCCCCCACCACUCGCACACGCCACAUCAGCUGCCACAUCAGCAGCACCGACACCAUCAGACCGCCAGGUCACCGCACCGUGGCAGCAGCCCCCACCGCAGCCCUCGGCCAAUCACAAGCAGCUCGAGCUUCGGCAGCAGCGUCAGCAGCAGUAGCAGGGGGGGUGGAUCCAGGGGUGGCGGAGCAGGAGGAGGGGGGACACGGGGAGUAGUAGCAGGGCCGAUACUAGCGCAAUCCGUGCCUCCCCUGAAUCUACCUCCCCCUGAUUUCGCGGGGCGCAAGGCGUGUCAGGCGUGUGGGUCGAGCAAGGCGGAGGUGGCGUGUGAGAGGUGCCACCGGGCCUUCUAUUGCUGUGUGGAGCAUCAGCACAUGGACUGGAAGCUUGGCCACAGGCUCGUGAGGGAGGGGCAGGUGACGAAGGAGGAGGUGAAGCGGCGGGACCUGCGGGGGGAGCUGGAGGAGCGCGAGAGGCGGCACUUCGCCGCUAAGGACAAGGAGCAGCAGCUGCGCACCGACGACCGCAAACGAACCACCGGGUUGCUGUUACCAGGCGGGGCGUUGGGAGGGCGGAAGGAGGUGGAGGAGCGGUUGAUACCCCGAGCAGCGGAUGCAGACGACUCCGAUGGAGAGGACAGGCGGGGCGGCGGGGGUGAUGACGAGGAUGAGGACGAUGAUGACGAGGACGAUGACGAGGAUGACACCAUGGAGCUGCUUGCUGAGCUGGAGAGAAUCAAGAAGGAGCGAGCGGAGGAGAAGCUGCGCAAGGAGAAGGAGCAGGCGGAGCAGGAGGCGAAGGCGAGAGAGAAGGAGAUGGCACGCGGCAACCCCAUCAUGGCUGCUGGGGGCUCUGCCUUUGCUGUCAAGCGCAGGUGGGACGACGACGUGGUGUUCCGCAACCAGGCCAAGGACGAGCAGAAGCCCACCAAGCGGUUCAUCAACGACACCAUUCGCAGCGACUUCCACCGCCGCUUCCUCAACAAAUACAUGAAGUAA